AUGGUGUUUUGUUAUAAAAUAAUAACUGAGACUCCGAGGCGGUCGGGCACCACAUCCCCGGUGAGACGAGCUGUGCCCACUAACAUUCCCAGCUCCCUGUCCCAACUCGUUGGUACCGUGGACUACGAAGCCAGCGAUGUGCUGGACAUCCCCGAGAGAGACUGGCGGCUGCUGGCUGCCCUCGCCAAGAAGAGGGACGAGAGCGACGAGCGGGAGCGGCUGGCGGAGGAGUUCCAGCGCAUGUGGCAGAAGGAGAAAGAGGAGAGAGAGAUGGUAGAAGCUGAAACCCUCGACCAGUACAAGCGGUACCUCGCUCAGAAGCGUCACCAGGAGCGGUUGAGGCUGGAACACAAGCAGCUGCGGCAGGCCACAGAGCAGCAACUCAAGCAGGGGGAGCUCCUGAACUGCAUCCGAUACAAGCAGAGGCGCAGCGACGACCUGCGAGCGCUGAUCAUAGAUCAAAAGGUGACAGACAUAGUAGACAAAGCACUAGAAGAAGAAGCGCGAGCGACCCUGGCUGCAAACCGGCGCCUGCGUCAGAGCGCGGCGGAGGAGUGCCGGAGACAACUGGACCUUGCCGACGCCAGGAGGAGGGAAGACGACGCCUUGAGGAGGAGGAACGCGAUGCUGAGGGAUGCCUCACAGCUGGACAUGAUCGAAUUGAAGAGGAGAGAGGAUGAUGCGUUGAGGAGGAGAAAUGCGAUGCUGAGGGAUGCCUCACAGAUCAGAGAAUGUAAUAGAGACAUAGUACACAAAGCAUUAGAAGAAGCUGGAAUAACCCUGGCGAAGAAGUGGCGAAAACAGCUGGACCUGGCCGACGCCAGGAGGAGGAGGGAAGACGACGCUUUGAGAAGAAGGAACGCGAUGCUGAGGGAUGCCUCACAGGUCAGAAAAGAGUUUAUGUUAUAG